AUGGAAGAAGAUAUUAUACCAAGUUCGUCUGGCGUAAAAACAAUGCCGGGAAAAAAGUAUGAUCCGCCGCCAAGAAAAACACGUUUCGAGGAAACCAUAAACCAAAUGUUAUUGGAAUCGGAUUUACCAAGUGGUAAGAAAGAAGACAUGCUAUAUGUAGAGGAAGACAUACUUCCACUGGCGCCAGUUUUAAUAACUCGAAGUUCGGCAUCUUCCGCAGCGCCAAAACCAGUUCACCAACAAUCGCUAAUGCACUCUGGCUCACGAGUACCGCAAGCAUCUCCUCUGCCGCCAAAAGUAGUCGAAGCUACUUUUCAAAUAUCUUCGACAUCUUCUGAACCACCUGCAGCGGAUACUGGCACAGUGAGCGUGCCAUCCAUGGCGCCUUCUACAACAGUUCCUGCAUCAAUCGUGCUCACUUCAGGCUUAUCUCCAUCGGUAACAACUGAUUUGGCUUCAACAAUGCCUUCUUCUUCGCUUCUGGCAGCUUCUCCUUCAUCUUCUCAACUGUUAAAGCUUGUCACGACGAAUUCGCUUCCAACUAAGUUUGUUCCGUCAUCCACGGCAACAACCGAGUCUACUCCAGCACCACUGAGCCUUUCUGAAACGGCCAAAAAGCUACCACGAUUUGCUGGUUUAGAUUUGAGCCCUUCAUCUAGUGAUUGUUCGACUACAAAACCAGUCGAGAUUUUAUCAACCAACACUUUUUCAUCGCCCUCAACUAAAUCCACUGGUCUACUAACUUCUGGACGUUCUAUUGUAUCUACGAUUGGUGUUACAGUGAGUCCACUAGAGCUUAACCUUUUAUACGACUCCACCAACUCCUGCUUCCUUAACUGGAAUAAUUUCAAAUACUUCGACGCUUCCACUUGCGAUCAUCCAUCCACUAACCAACCUGAACUAACCAAGCAGCCCGAAAAUUUAUCUUCAUCUUCCUUACCUUCUAUAAUAACCACAUUAUUAAUGCCUAGAAUACUGGAUAACUUAUCUGUAACUACCACGGACAAGCCAAGGAAGUUACGAAAAUAUCCCAAGUUUAGAUUUAAGGUAUAUCGUUUUCGUACUAUAACAAAUAAAUUAGUAAAAGAUAUGUUGAAAAGGUCUGCUAAAGCUACCAUAACACCUUCGGACUCCAACACUACAUCAGUGCUUACAACUCCGGUGUCCUCGGCGUCUACUUACGCAUCUUUACCGACAGCUACUGGCCUACCGCCUAAUGACAAAGUAGCUGUCAUUUCUUCAAACGGUUUCAUAGAGCCUAUACCAGGAAUGCCACUAGAUGGCGGAAACUUCUUUAAUUAUCUUACUAAUUCACUGGUUGAGCAUCGUAAGUUAACUUGA